UGCGGCACCGGAAGCGCGACAGGAGCAGGAGCGGCUGAUCUGCUCAGAGAGGAGCGCGUCCGCGUGUUGUAGCGUUUACAUUAAAAUCUGUAAAAUAAAUAUAUAUGUAAAUAUGAUGUGUUUCCUGCGUAUGAAUGACGCAAUUGAAUACCCAUUAAAUCCAGGCAAAGAGGACAAUAACAUCACCGUGGAGAGAAGAAACACCAAAUAAGACAUCAUGAAUCGCCUCUGUAACAUGAACAACAAUUUCCCGUAUGAUAACAGUCUCCUGGUGUUAGACAUGGUUCUGCGGUCACUCUGGGGAACCACGCAGCCAAUUAACUGGGAGAACGUUGCCCGCUUAGUUCCUGGUUUCACUCCUAAAGAGUGUGCACGCAGGUUUGAUGAGCUGAAAAGCACUGGCAGUUUCCCCCUAGUAGACGAGCAGUGUAACGCUCUUACUGGAGCCAGUGGUUCUCCAUCUGAACCUCUCUCUGCUUACAUCCGAUCCACAUUAUUGGACCUUACAGGGGAGACUGGGGAGUCAGGGGAACAACAGACCAACCAGAGCACACUUUCAGUGUCAGGUAUGAAUGUGACCCCUGUUGUGCAUGGAGCAAGUUUUGAGACUGAAAAGACAGCGAGCGCAGAGGACGAAGAGAAGAAAGACAGAGGAAAGAGCCCUAUCAUGGUGAUCCACGUGUGCGAUGAAGCGAAGAACCUGAAGCAGGAUUUUGAGUGUCCGCGUGACCUGUUGAUCAGAGAAAUGCGCUACUUCGCAGAGUACCUCUCUAUGGACGCCCAGCGCUGGGAGGAGGUGGACAUCUCGGUGCACUGCGACGUCGAGAUCUUCGACUGGCUCAUGAACUACGUCAAAAGAAACUCCUCAGAAGAUCAACCAGAGAAACAUGUGGACAAGCCAACUCUGGAGCCCAGCAACGUCAUCUCUAUCCUGAUCUCAUCCGAGUUCUUGAAGAUGGAUGCUUUAGUGGAGGAGUGCAUUCAGUACUGUCACGAACACAUGAGCGCCAUCGUCGCCACGCCGUGCAACAUGAGCUGCAUCAACAGCAACCUGGCCUCGCGCAUCGCCCUGCUGUUCACGCACAACCAGGCAGAUGACAUCAAGGACAAAAAGGACAAGUUUAAAAGUAAAGUGUUCCAGAAGAAGAUUGAAAAGCUGUUUGAUCCAGGUUUUGAAAGUCAUGAUUCCCCAGGAAAUGCUGCUACGCUGUACAGGUGUGGUCUUUGCCUUAAGCUUCUCACCAAAGACACAGAAAGGAAGGUCUCCUGCGUUCCGGGUAAAAUCAACAUCGACCAUCGUGGGGAUAUCGUCUACACACACAGCAGACAAAAGAACUGGGACGUUCAUGAGUAUCUAAACAGCUUAUAUGAAGAGCUGAAAUCGUGGGUGAUGGUUUACUGGAGGAUCUGGGGUGCCAUUAAUUAUCUCACCUGCUCAUGCUGUAAACAGGUUUUCCUCUGCUGUGAUCUGGCCCAGUGCAGGUAUCAUCCUGAGGCUGUGGUUUACCCAGGCAUGGGCGCCAGUCGUAGUGAGCAUGGUGCCGGGAUCUACCCCUGCUGCAAGCAGAGAGCUUUACGCUUUGACCCGGUCGCUAUGCCAACGGGUUGUAAGAUGAGGGACCACACGGUUACUGUGGCAGAACCUGGGGACUGCGAGGGCAACAUGAGCUCUGUGCAGACUCGAGUACUGAAUGACCUGCUUCUCCACAGAGACGCUGUGUGCAUGAGCUCCCCAACAGCACCAGACAGUUCUGCUGAGUCGGCCAAACAGAGCGAGCAAGCGCCCGAAUGCGACAUCACGCUGGACCACGCAGACCUUAACGUUCUUAGAGCCAGAGAAGUAACCGCUUUUUCACUGUUGAAGAACUGGAGUCUCCAACUCAGGCAACAUCCUUUAUUGUCUGAGGAAGAGGACUACACUACAGGUUCAGAGGUCACAGAGGAUGAAGUCGGGGAUGAAGAUGACACAUCAAAGAAGCAAGCUGUAAAAAAGCUAAGGAAACCAGGCAAGCCUUUAAAAAGACAAGUGUCCUCACCGAGCAUGCUGCACAAAGAGCGAGCCGGAGGAGAGAAGAGCACUUCGAAGGACUCGACCCCGUUCACCGUGAGCAUGCAAAAGAGUAAAUGGGACAGCACUCGCUCGAUGAGGUUUAACCAGGAUGCCCAGAGAGAGGAAGACCAAAGGAGAAUGGUGGAGAUUAUUGACCAUCUCACUAAGAUGCGCUUCGGUGACUUGGAACAGAGCAAGUCAAGGGACACCAAGGAGCAUGCAGGAGGUAUCUACGUCAGGUUGGAGGCGCAAUUCAAAAGCUCCACUCAGCUGAGUAACAGACAGAACACCUCGGAAAAAACACUCCGGGCGAAGAUACGCAGUGGUCAGACCAGACCAACGUGAAAGAAAAAGCAGUAGAGACAGAUUUACUGAUGACUGUGUGAACAAAACCCAUCCAGUCCUACUAUAGUGACCUGCACUUUUACCAUCAUAAACAACCACAAUAAAGCAAGCUUAAGGGGAUUUAGAUAUCCUGUACAAUAAAACUUGGAAGCUUGAACUCUAA